AUGGAUGGACAAAUUGGUAGACGGAUAAGCGGAUUUGUGGACGGAUGGAUGAUGGAGGAAUGGAUGGACCGGCGGAUGAAAUGGGAAGAUGGACGGAGUGGUGUGACGGCGGAUGGACGGGGAUGGAUUGGUAAGCGAAUGAAUGGAUGCAAGGGUGGACGGAUGGACGAACGAAUAAAUGCAAGAAUGGACAGACAACGGAUGGACGGUCGGACGGACGGAUGGACGAACGGUCAGAUGCAAGAGUGGACGGACGGAUGGACGGAUAAAUGGAUAGAUGGAUGGAUGAAUGAAUGA